AUGCCCAAGCGCACCAUGGGAGGGAGGGCUAACGCUGGGGCUGACGCCAUGGCGCAUGAAGCUCCGGUGCAGGUGUCACCUACGCCGGAGCAGGUGACUCCUCCACGGGAGCAGGUGACUCCUCUGCCACGCCAUCUGCCUCCUCUGCCGCAGCCCGUGGUCAACAUUGAUGGCGACGAUGAUGAAGAAGAGGUAGCUGCUUUGGCUCCUCAGACAAAGCAGGUGUCUCCUCUGCCGCGGGUGAUGCCUUCUGUGCCCGAGCCUGUGGUCGUCGGCGAUGUCAACAAAGAAGAUCCUCAGCCGGGUGUUCGUCUGCCGCGAUUGUUGCCUCCCCAGCCCCCAGCUAUGGUUGUCGCCGACGAGAACGAAGAAGAGGUUUUCCCUGGUCAGUACAAGGCAAAUAAGGUCCUAAGUGACGACGUUGACAGUGACCCAGAAACCCAGAGGAUCUUUAGGAGGCAGAAGGUGAGGAAACUGGACAGUGGUGAGCUCGAGAAAGUUGUGAGGCCUAGACUCGGAAAGGGCUACGGAUGCCCUUACUACAACAAGGUGAUGAAAGGCGACCUGUCGAGUACCAUCAACCAUGCAGUCAGAACAUCCCAAGGCAGCACCAAGAAUGGCUACCCUUUCAGGGUGAAGCACGCCGCAUAUGCCGACUACUUGAUGAGGCUUCUUUGA